UCCUUGAGGCACAAAGAGGCCCAGGGACAGUGCCCAGGCCCCCAGUUCAAGCCCUAGGACCAGCAAAAAAAAAAAAAAAAAAAAAAAGUUCGAUGAUCUACACAAAACAUUUUUAGUUUAUUUCACAAUUAAUGAUCUGCACAUCAUUUUCCUUAGCCAAUCAGGCUUUGCCCAUAAUAGAGGUUACUUUUUCUUUGGUGUCAUUGAGUGGAGCCAGGGUUAGCCCACCCUUUGUGGGUAUAGCCCUUAUUUUCAAAGUGGCAUUUUUAUUCUCCCAUUUUAAUUCUCUCUCCUUCUGCCCUUAUCUGUCUCUUCUUUUCCUCACCAUCUUCACCCCCCCCACAUGUCUUUGAUAGCAGUGUAGUCAUUGAAAUCAAACUUCUUCAAUAAUUGGCAUAUUAUGAUAGAUGCACUUAUUUUCCAAUGCUUCAGGAUCUGCAUCUGGUCUCAAGGAAGAGUACUUUCGUCUGUGUGUGGAAAGGUUUCAGGAGGUUAACCCUUUCAUAGAGCACAUACUCCAGGAAGUGGAUGAAGAAAGGAAGAAGGGAAUGGAAAGAGGAAUCACAUUAAACAUUGCUGGUAACAAUCGCUUAGUCCAAGUACAGAGAAUAACUGGUGAAGAUUUUUGUGUCCUUUCCAAAAUUCUGAGGAAUCAUUCGUGUAUUAGUGGUGUGGAUGCUAGAUAUAACUGCCUCGGUGAUACCGGUGCGUACUAUGUUGCAAAACUGCUGCAGAAACAGCCAUCUCUCGUUUACUUAAACCUUAUGUUUAAUGAUAUCCAAUCUGAUGGUGGAGAAUUGAUUGCUAAAGCCCUACAAAAAAAUAAAACUCUGAAAUAUCUGCGAAUGACUGGAAACAAGAUUGAGAAUAAAGGUGGAAUGUUUUUUGCUACAAUGCUUCAAAUUAACUCAUCCUUAGAGAAAUUAGACCUGGGUGACUGUGAUCUUGGAAUGCAAAGCGUGAUCGCAUUUGCUACAGUCCUAAUUCAAAACCAAACAAUUAAAGGAAUAAAUCUAAACCGACCUAUAAUGUCCAGUGAACAGGAAGAGUCUACAGUCCAUGUAGGACACAUGUUGAAAGAAAACAACUGCCUUAUUGAGCUGCACAUGUGUAAGCACGGAAUGAAAAAUGACGGCAUACAGCAGUUGUGCGAGGCCUUGUACCUGAACAGCAGCCUCCGCUACCUUGAUGUCAGCUGCAAUAAGAUAACUCGUGACGGAAUGGUAUAUCUGGCUGCUGUACUGAAAAGCAAUACUACCCUGGAAGUAAUCGAUCUUUCUUUUAACAGAAUAGAAAGUGCAGGAGCAAAUUAUCUCAGCGAAACUCUUACUUCACACAACAGGAGUCUUAAAGCACUGUCAGUAGUCAGCAACCAGAUAGAUGGAAAAGGACUUAUUGCACUUUCAAACUCAAUGAAAAUAAAUCCCAUAUUAAGUAAUAUUUACAUCUGGGGAAACAAAUUUGAUGAGGCUACAUGUUUGGCAUUUUCAGAGUUAAUUGAGGCGGGCCGUCUGAAUGCAGACAACACAGAUGUGGAGCCAUUCACGGUGGAUGGGCAUGUGUACCUGGCAGAAGUGUCCAAUGGCCUGAAGAAGCAUUAUUACUGGACGCCAACUUACGGAGAUGCUCCUGGCCCUUCAACUAAUGCAGGUUUUGCUCUUGUUCCAGUGGGUGAACAUCUAUGAAAAAUAAACUCUCAAACAGUUUUCA